UACUAAUGGCACAUAUGUUUACUGAAUUCUUCCGCUUCAUGGCGAUGUGAUUUACUAUAACAUUAACAUAAUGGAUUUAAAUUGUAUUGGUUCCUUUGUCUACAUCUACCACAACUCAUCUUUAUAGUCCAAUCUUUCAAGUCUUCAAUUUCAAAUAAAUAAAAAUGUGGUCUCAUAGAAAACAAAGUUUUGGCUGGAUUUCGCUGGAGUUUGACAUAUAUUUGUGUUUUAGCUGCAAACUGGGACAAGACUCUCUCCAAUUCGGACAACCAGAGUAAAAUUAAUGACUUAACCUUCCAUCCUGCUGGGCCACCAGAGUCACCAAUCACUGCUAAUCCUGCGGGAUCAAAUGACAUCUUCCAGUGUGAUGCACAGAGUCCUGCGCAGACAUCGGAACAGUGUUCUGUUCCAGUAGGACCUGGUGGUAUGCUUCUCAUUUUGUAAAGGCUCUUUAAAAUUUAAUUGAAAUUUGCAGUCAAUCACUUGCAGAUUCUGAAUGCCAUGAAUGUUAAAGGUUGAGAGAUAUAAGCAAUUGACUCAGACUUAUUUCAUUUACUUCCCACCAGACAUUUCCCAGUCAAGAGCAGAGGGUCCUGUGCAGCCUCUCCUUAAGGUUUUCCCCAAGACGCAACAUGGCAACCGCAAGAGGGCAUUCAACGAGUCAUGGUACAGAGAAUACACGUGGUUGGAGUACUCCAUCAGUAGAGACUCAGUAUUUUGUUAUGCCUGCCGCCAUUUCUCCCUUCCAAAUGCCCUGUCUUCUGUAUUCAGAACAGAAAGUGGUUUCUCCAACUGGAAGAAAGCUUUGUGUAAAGAAGGUGGCUUUAAAGACCACUCUAAAUCAGACCACCACCAAAAUGCUAUGUUUGCAUGGAAACAGCAUGAAAUGACCACUCAAACAAAAUCAUGCAUGACAGAGUCUUUUAACACAGAGAGAGAAAAGAAAAUUAAGGAGAAUCAGACAUAUAUUAAAACUAUUGCAGAAGUCCUGCUUUUAACUGCCACACAGAACAUUUCCCAGAGGGGUCACAGAGAAUCUGAGGACUCGGGUAACCGAGGUAACUUUUUGGCUAUUUUAGAAGAAAUAGCUAAGCAUGAUUCGUUUCUAGAGAAGCGCAUGAAAGCUCAUGCUAAUGCCAAAUAUACCAGCAAAACCAUUCAAAAUGAAAUGUUGGAAUGCCUGGCAGGAAUGGUUCAAGAGGAAAUAGUAAGGGAAGUUAAACAGAGUGAGGUGUUCAGUAUAAUAGCAGGUGAAACCAAAGACCUUCAGAAAAAAGAGCAAGUGUCACUGGUCAUCAGAUAUUAUUACAGAGGGGUCAUACAUGAGAGCUUUAUUGACUUCAUGAAAGCUGACAGCCUAGAUGCAGCAGGGCUCACUGACUUGAUCAUAAAAUGCCUUGAAAAACAUGGACUAGAAUACCGCAACAACCUGGUUGGCCAGGGAUACGAUGGUGCUACUGUCAUGAGCGGCAAGCACUCAGGUGUGUGUACAAGGAUUCAGGAAGUAGCCAAAUAUGCAUUUUAUGUGCAUUGUAAUGCUCAUUGUUUGAACCUUGUGAUUGUUGAUAGUGUGAAAUCCGUUUCUGAGGCUGACUGUUUUUUCUCACUUCUUCAGAAACUACAUAGUUUUUUGUCUGGAUCAUAUGUGCACACAAAAUGGCAUAGCAUUCAGAGAGAAAUGUAUGACGGUCCGCCUCGUGAACUUCCAAAGCUAAGUGACACUAGGUGGGCUUGCAGGUACGCCGCCUGUCACAACCUGCUUGACAGACUCCCAGCAGUGUGCCGUUUACUGCAAGAAAUUGGGCUGGAAAGUCAAGGUGAUCGGGCAGUAGAUGCUCGUGGCUUACUGGCCCAAAUUGAUCUUAACUUUAUUGGACUCUUGGUUAUGUCCAAAAAAGUCCUGGGUCAGUCCAAGUUUUUGUCAGACAUGCUACAGUCGCCCUCACUGGACCUCUCAGCAGCAGUCAGUCUUGUGGAUUCCUUACUGGCCACGUUGCAGAAAUACAGGAGUGAGGCCUUUUUUGAGGUUGUAUGGAGGGAGGUGGAGGAAAUGGCUGUAAAGUGUGAUCAAAGUUGGGAAAAGACUGAGAAGAGGCAGCCUAAGACAAAUAGGCGGCUACAUGAUUACAUACUUACCACAUCAACUGGUGAGCGUAGAGUUGAUAAAAUGACAGGGAAAACUUUAAAAGACACAUUUUCUAUCCAGUUUUGGAUUCAAUGA